AUGUAAAAUAACAAAAAUUGUUCUUAAUUUGAAAAUCAAGAUAAUUCUGAUUGGCCUGUUUUUCAAACUCCAAAGAAAAAUACUAAUUAAUCAUUUUGGGAUAAACAACCAUCUUUAAUAUUUGAUUAAAAUCAAAUUAUUAUCUAAGGAUGUUUGAAUAGAAUUGGCAAAAACAAAUAAAUACCAAAAUAAUAUACAUUUACACUUUUAAAUACAGGAUAACUAUUUUAUGCUGAUAAAAAUUAAAAAGGAAGUAUUUAACUUAAUCUAUCAAUUCUUAUUAAAAAAAUAGAAUUAACAAAUUAAGAAAACUAAGAUAAUGAAAAAAUAUCAGCAAUACGAAUAGAAAGAUUUUUAAAUUGUUCUAUUUAUAUUUGGAAUGAAGAUAAUUCGUAUUAUUUGUAGUUAAUUUCUAGUUUAGAAUUAACAUUAAUAUUUGGUAUAAACGAUUAGCUCAAUUUUGUAUAAGUUAAAACUUUGAAGGUUUCUUUUAAUUAGAAGAAAAAAUUGAUUAAGGAGCCUUUAGUUCUGUUUUUACAGUUACUUCUUAAUUAUAAGGAGAAAAUAAUAAAUAAACAUUUGCUGCAAAAGUGUACUCAAAAAAUCUUUAAUAAAAAAUACCUGCUUAAUAAAUGAAGGUAUUAAAAUGUAUAAAUUAGGAUUUCAUCUAAACUGAAUGUUAGAUUUUAAAAUUAGUAAAGUGUUAAUAUAUUGUCUAAUUAUUUGAAAUUAUUCAAUUAGAAGAUGUAGUAAUCUUGAUUCUAGAAUAUAUAUCUGGACAAACCUUACAUCGUUUACUACAAUAAAAUCUAGUCAAUGAAUUAAUGUGUUGUGAAAUAACUUACUAAAUAUUACUAGGUAUUAAGGAAAUUCAUCAGUAUUAUAUUUAUAUAAAAAUAGCCAUGGCUUUGUACAUAGAGAUAUUAAAUUAGAAAAUAUUAUGAUAUCUUGCUAAAAUCCAAUAUAAAUAAAACUUAUAGAUUUUGGUUUUGCAGAGAAAAUUAAUCGUAAUAAAUUAGUAACUGGUUCUGGAACUGCAGGAUAUUUAGCCCCAGAAUUAUUUUAAUUAGCUCCAUAUACAGAAAACUGUGACAUUUUUAGUUUAGGUGUGCUUUUCUAUAUGCUACUUUGUGGAAAAUCUCCUUUUUGUGUAUAGAAUAAUGAAAGUAAUUUUAAUAAUUAGUAAAAUAGCUCUUUUAGAAUAAAAUAAGAAUUGCAAUAUUUAAUAUCUUUAAGAAGAAUGGAUGAAUGUUUCUUCUUCUACUAAAAAAAUUGUAUAAAGAUUGUUAGAUAAAGAUCCUUUAAAAAGAAUUACAAUCUCAGAAUUGAAAUUACUUUUGGAAAUACAUAUAAAUAAUUUAAGAUUUAAUUAAGCUAAUUCUCGAUAAGCUCUUAAUCAAUUAUAAAAUUGUAACAAUGUCAUAAUGUAAACAUAAAAGCUUGCAAUUAAGACAGUAACAGUCAAUAAGAAAUGUGAUGAUGAUGAUAUUCUGAUAGAAGAGAAAAGCAUUGAUAAUACAAACUUAAUUAAUCUUAAAAAUUCCCAUUAAUAUUACAACAAAUCUAAAUGGAUAUCAUGA